AUGCCACAAACAGAAACGACCGUUGCCGACAUUAAAUACACAGUAGAAAGAAUCAAAUAUGACGAUCUUCCUAAACAAGUAUAUAUCCACCAAUUGGUACCCAUUUCCACUAACACUAAAGCUACUUCUGCCGAUUCUAUUGAAACAAGUGAUGUAAACGCUGAUUCUACAAAUGAAGUAGACUCAUCUCUUGUAUUCCGGAGAAUAAGAUUUGGUGGCCGCUUAUAUGGUUUACGUGCUGGAUUUUUUAAUUUCCGGUACCGUGUGUAG